CCCUCUCUCUUCAAAAGCCCUACAUUCACAGGUUUUUCUCGCUCCUCUCUCUUCCAUCUGACUCGUUAAUGCCUUCGAGCCUGUACGGGCUUUGAGCCUCUUUCAAGCAUUUAGAAUCGAUUAAUAUCGGGAAAAAACAUGCGCAGUUCAUGGAGUAUUUUGUGAAAUAAGGCAGAGUCUCAAAGGGGAUCUCUGGUUAAUGUCUUCUCAUCCAUGGCUAUUCGCUUUCUCUGAAAUCUUCUCUGUUCCCAAUGUUUCUGAGCUCUGAAAACAGGGUUGAGCUUGGAUAUAUUCAUUCAAAAUGUUUGGAUUUGUUUGAGCACUAGUGUGUUUUCUGCUCACAAUGUGCUCGAACAAAUGAUAUAAAGAGAGAGUCAAACAGAACUUGGCAGUUUUGAGAAGCCUUUUUUAUCUCGGAUCAAAUUCCCCCUUCAAGUUUAAAAGAAGAUAACAAGAAAAUGGAGGCAUUGGGGUGGUGGCUGAUGCUUGUUGGCGCUCUUCGCUUAGCCUCUGUUUGGUUCGGCUUCUUUAACUUAUGGGCUCUUACGCGCGGUGUCUACUCUCUCUCCUCAAUGACUGAAGUUCAUGGAAGGACAUUUGGAGUGUGGACGCUUUUGACGUGCACUCUCUGCUUUCUCUGUGCAUUCAACCUUGACAAUAGGCCCCUUUACACUGCCACUUUUCUUUCAUUCGUCUAUGCGCUGGGUCACUUCCUGAGUGAAUACUUUAUAUACCAUACAAUGGCUAUCACUAAUUUGACCACUGUUAGCUUCUUUGCUGGUACAUCAAUUAUUUGGAUGCUUACGCAGUGGGGUAGUUUUCAACAUCAUAGGAUCUUGAAGCAAGAUUGAGUUUCCUGCUUUCUGCUGGCAAGGAGAGCGGUUGAUACGUUCCUCAAUUGCUGGAGUGGGCAUAGCCAGCCGGAUACUAACAUGCCUGAAGCCCCAUACUCGUAUGUCAAUCGGCUCAAUGAUUUGUCUCAACAAUUUAACCAGUGGAAUCAGUGUGAUAAUGAGGAAGAGCAAUGUUGUCUUUUGUUUGAUAUUAUGUUCCAUUUUGGACGAUGUAUUCAUAUUGAUGAUAAUUGUGUGUACAAUUUUUACUGUAAAAUGAAUGUAAUGGUCCACGUAUUUCUGUAAAAUAA